GCGACUACAACCGCCGCAGCCAGCCCACGUGAGGGCGUCGUCACAUGCAGUCGUACAUCAGCAGCGGCGACAGCGGCCGCACUACACUCAAGGCGGCGUAACUCUGUCUGGCACCCAGCGCCGCGUGAAGGACUUUGUGUUGGGAGACCACCGAGGACUGGAACAAGCAGCCGCGCUCGCCGAACCUCUGACAACCGGAGGAGAAAGGACCAGGGGUAGACAACUGAGGGCCGAGCCGGGGGGCGCCAGAGUGGUGCGACGGGCCUACAAGACGUCUGAGCCGCGGUGCUGCAGACAAGCAGCUGCAUGUGGAGCAAUGGCCGCCACUCCCCCUGCCCCCCACCCGCUCUAGUGCUCCCCCACUGCACGUGCGGCCCUUCAGGACGGAGGGAGGGGUUGACGUGGGCGGAGAGGAAGCAGGCGACGGUGUGCUGACCGCGUGGAAUCUCACUAUACAAGGGGGGAGAUGCUGGCCUACAUCAGCCCCUCCAACGACCACACUGCGACGUGGUAGGCGGAGUGUCUCCGGAAACCGUUGCGUCAGUCAUGAUGGAUUUGUCCUCCGUGUCGCCAGCACUUAUUGCUUCCACGACCUUUGACACGCCGACCAGGAUGGAGGUAACGAGGGACGAAGAGACUACAGCUCCUUCGGCUGCUGACGAUCGCACUUUCUUGUGGAGCACAGGAUGGUCACGUGACCACACAGAGGGCCUCCCUGCUUCCGAGCUGACGACUUCCUGGAGAAAGACAGUAACAAGCAGCGAUUUUCCUGGGGUCACGGGGAUCGCUGCUGACCUAGGGUCAGGUCCAUCACGUGAGUACGAUCUGACUGAUGCGCUUACAGCAACGAAGUCCGCGGGUACGUCGCCGACUUUUCCUGCUUCUGAAGCUGCUGACGAAGGGAGGACACUAGAGACACUCGCCACACAGUCUUCUGACGACAGCCUCGUCCUGAACCUCACGGAUACCAACAGCACCGACCUCUACACCUCGCACUUCUCCAGCAUUGUGAACAGGUUCUACACCGUUGCCCCGGCAACAGACGACGGAGCACUUCCGCUAACCAACAUGGCCGCCACUCAUUCCUGGACCUUCACCAACGCUACCGUCACGUCGCUUCUAGAACUCUCCACCGCCAGCAACACCAGCUUCGCCUUUGACGACGUCACGCUGGUGGAGGAUGGCGAGCUGUACGACAUCGACGAUGACGACGCCGUGGCUAGCACAGCAGUCGUCGCCGCCAAAGCCGUGACGCUGACCCUGCUGGCGGUAGGCGGCGUAGUGGGCAACGCGCUGGUCAUCUGGAGCGUGGUGCGACAGCGCCACCUACACCGCCCGCCAUUCUACUACCUGUUGUCCAUGAGCCUGACGGACCUGUCGCGCGCGGCAUUCUGUCUGCCGCUCGUGCUCAUGACGUUGCUGCAGGGCUCCGUCUGGCGGCACGGCAACUCCGCGUGCGACCUUUUCGCCUUUGCCAACUCCUUCUUCGUCCUCAGCUCCAGCGUCUCGCUGCUCGACGUCGCUGCCGACCGGCACUUCUCGCUGGUGUAUGCGCGCAGCUACCGGAAACGUGCAGGUGGCGCUGUGAACCUGGUGGUGGUGCUGCUGGGGUGGACACUGGCCUUUCUGGUGGCCUUCCCCCCAGUGGUCGGGGUGGGAGCGUACGCGUUCCAGGCCAGCGAGGCGCAGUGCGCGCUGCAGCACAAGUCGUACCGCGAGAACGACACGCUGGGCUUCCUCAUGGUCUUCACGGGGCUCAGCCUCCUCACGCUCUUCCUCUACUACCGAAUCUUCCUGGCCCUGCGCACGCACCGCCGGAUGCGGCCCUUUCAGCACGAGCCCGCUCGCAGCUCCACCUGGACCUUCGUGGGGCCGGGAGCCAACGGCCAGGCUUUCGUCAACUGGGUCAACGGCUUCGGACGAGCGAACAACCUCCUGGGGGCGCCACUGCCCAGCCUGGCUCGCAACCCGCCUCGCCCCCACCUGGCGCGUGCUGUCACUCUGCACGUGGCCCAGACCCAGCACGUGACCCGCUUGUUCUUCCUGAUGACCCUGACCUUUACCCUCCUGUGGCUGCCCUAUCAGGUGGUGUCCUACUGGCGCGUCUUCGGUGACGUCAUUGGCAUACAGUCGGCGUUCGUCACGGUGUCGGCGUGGCUGUCCUACGCCCAGGUGGCGCUGUGUCCGCUCGUCUACUUCCUGGCACGCGGCUCCUCGCGCCAGCGUCAGUCGCGGACAGAGACCAGCCCUGACGAUAAGCAAGAGUUCCUGCUGGAAUCAUUCAACCGUAAAAAAUGAGGCGAACGUGUUGAACAUCCUACAUCCCUGUUGCCACUUCCAGGACAGAACUCCGCGCCUGUUGCUGCUGUCCGGGAAGACCCAUACCCCCAUCCAGGAAGAUAUUGUCACGUGAUGUGAGGUGAGGACACUGCCCGGGGACUGUGGGGCUGAGGACCUGGCUUUCCUCACCUCGCGGACAGAUAAUGUUGCCAAAAACUUCACAGGCUGUCAUAGACUGCAGCGAUGGGGGGACAGUGAUGUGUCGCCUGAUGCUGGCAUCUCACUGCUCACCUUCAUGACGAGCAGCGAGUCAACAACAACAUCGUGUAUUUCGUUUAUCGAUGCCACUUUAUGCACUUCCGUUUGUUUGAUUGUAACGAAGAUGUUUUUGAAAAAGAAAAUUGAUGCUAACCUUACAACAGUGAGAAUUCAGAUGGACGAGGUCAAAGGUGUGUCAACGAUAGACGAUGUCUAACAAAAAUAUCGACAGACGACAGCUUGUGCUGCAAGCUGCUCACUCAUGCUGAACGAAUUGUGUCAGGUAGCAAAGUAGUAACAUGAUGACAACGGGCAAGCCGGCCACGAGAUGAAUGAAUAUACAUUGAAUAUAUACUGACACGACUGUACACGUCACAGUCACGGUUUGAACUCUUGUUCUGCGCUGUGGUCCCCGGCGAACUGAAACUGAGAGACAGAUGGACAGAUGGACAG